AUGAGCUCGACAGAGCCCAGAAACCCUUAUAUCACAUAUAACUCUUUUCAUAGAUUCAGGGAUACCUGGAGAGAUUCCCUUAUAGAAAACGCCGCGGCUUCCUGCGACGAAUUUCCGGAUUACCAUGUUCGUGAUCCGGGGUCUUUAGUGAGCUCUUGUCAAGUCCGCUCCUUUCAACUUGGUACGGGCGCAUCCCUCUAUACGCAGUCGUUAAUACCCGCAAUGCUCCAAGCCAAAUAUGAGAUCAUUCUAGUCACUUGCUUCUGGGCGCCAUCGUCAACCCUUUCUGCAUUGAAAGAGGCUUUAGAAAAGCUUGCCGAAGCUCGUCGUGAACACAUCCUUACGUCUAGCUCAGACGGCGAAACUUUAUCGCCUCUGAGAAUACGUAUCUGCUUUUCGUCGAGGUCUAUUCUCCAGAAGCUGUUUCAUACCACGUCUAAGGAUGGGUACAUAUACCCACCAUCAGCAUGGUCGAAGCAACUUGGCCUGCCCAAUAAAGAAACCCUAGAAGCCGGUCUCAUCGAUUUACGUGUGAAGAGCUUGUUCUUUCUGCCUUUCAGCGUAAUGCACCCGAAAUUUCUCAUCGUCGAUCGUGAGAGAGCUUGGCUUCCUAGUUGCAAUGUGAGUUGGGAAGCAUGGCUCGAAGGGUGCGUUGAAAUAACCGGAGACGCUGUGGCUGGCUUGGUCAAGUUCUACCGACAUGUUUGGGAUGGACAACUCAAACAACUCACGACUAGGGAUAUUCCGGACGAUGGAUCUGCCAACCCUCUUAAUUUGGACGAACUUGAUGUAUCCGCAGUACCAAGUUCCGUCAAUCAUUUCAAUGCUUUUUUUCGGGGACGCGAGACACAGACCAUGUUGUUGCCGUCCUCUCAUCACCGGAAUCCCAGAUUCGAUUUUAUUCCGUGGCGCAACUCCCCGCCGCCACCAUCGACACCUCUCAAUCAAGCAAUAUUGCGAUUGCUAGACUUGGCAGAGCAUUUCAUCUACAUGCAGACACCAAACCUAACCUCCUGGGCGGUGAUUGAUAAACUCCUCGAAGCUUUGAAGCGGGGUGUCAACGUUGCCAUAGUGACUAGCAAAAGGUUGAUGCUUUUGGAACAACUUGUCACAGCUGGUACUACGACUUCUCUCUGCCUCCAAUCUUUAAUUCGGAGAUAUAAAAAGCUCGAAGCAGACCAAUCCAGAUCAAAGGCCAGCUGCGGUCCCGACCUCGAAGCGCAACGACCUCGACUUGGAUUUUUAAAUAUCGAUUAUUAUUGUCCAGACGCCGAAAGCCAAGCUGAGUGCAAAGUGGAUGGGACGGCCGAAGAACCAGUGCAAUCGCACCUUAAGCUCACUCUCGUAGAUGGCGAAUAUGUUGUGCUUGGAUCUGGAAACAUGGAUCGCGCAAGUUGGUUUACGAGUCAAGAAUUAGGGAUUUUGUUCCAUUCAAGGGACAUCGCCUCUACGAUCGGUGAAGCUGUUGGAAGUGUCCUCUCGGGUAGAAGGGAGUCGGUUUUCUCGUCUGCGAUGGACGAUCAAUUGGAACGACAGUUAAGUCAAGAAGAGAUUACCAGCCAAGGCCGUAAAGAUGACGGUGGGACGAGGAAUCAUGCUGAAGAUGGAGCGCCGAGUUCUUCACAGAUUAACUAG